UAUUGAGGAGGAACCUGAAGUUGCGCCACCAGCCAAUUUCGUACAUUGCCAAAUCGCAUCUUCGCAUCUCGCCAACGAAUCUCUCUCUCUCUCUCUCUCUCUCUUUCAUCGCUGCCAAUAUCAUAUAAACCUUCCUUUUCGUUAACAUCUAAGCCUCUUCUCCUCCUGGGACUCUCCGACGUCGGAAUUGAUCAAUCUCCUUCGCAAUUUUGGUGGAUUCUGUCCGGAAAUUUUCAUUUUUUUCCCCUUCUUGCUGCUGGAGGGACGAGGGAGAUGGAUAUGGAUACAUAUGAGGAAGUGACUGAGAAAUUUAAAAUUUCUGCUGAAACAAAUGAGGGUCAUCAUAAGUAUUCUUCGAAGGAGGGAAAGGGGAAAAGACUUUGGAAGAAGGUGAAGUAUCAGCUGGUUGAGUACCACGCUCUACCAGCCUACUUGAGGGAUAAUGAAUUCAUUCUGGGCCAUUACCGUGCUGAUUGGCCUAUGAAGCAGACACUGCUCAGCAUCUUUUCCAUUCACAAUGAGACUCUUAAUGUUUGGACGCAUUUAAUUGGAUUUUUCCUCUUUCUCUCCUUGACCAUAUACACUGCAACAAAGAUUCCCGACGUUGUCGACAUUCAUCCUCUUCAACAUUGGCCUGACGUAUUGAAAAAAGCUGAUUUGCACAAAUUGCAAGAAGAACUCUUGACGUGCCUUCCUUCCUUGCCUCACUUCCCUGAUCUGCAGAAGCUCAGGGAGGAGUUGAAGACUGCAUUGCCUUCAUUGGACAUGCUUUCAUCACUAUCUCGUUGGCAUGUUGUGGAACUCCUAUACAAUUGUUUACCUCAGCGAUUCUCCCAUGGAAAUCAAACUGAUGACUGUGUUCUGAGAAGUAUGAAGGAGGAGGUUGCCAACAUGAUUGCACCCUUAGCUAUGAGACCAAUCACCCGGUGGCCUUUCUUCGCAUUCUUGGGUGGAGCCAUGUUUUGCCUGCUUGCCAGCAGCACUUGCCACCUUCUUUCCUGCCACUCCGAGCGUGUCUCGUACAUAAUGCUCAGACUAGACUAUGCCGGAAUUGCGGCCCUUAUAUCUACCUCCUUCUACCCCCCAGUUUACUACUCCUUCAUGUGCUACCCCUUCUUUUGCAGUCUCUAUAUGGGGUUCAUUACUCUCCUGGGAAUUGCAACUAUCUUGGUGUCUCUGCUGCCAAUGUUUCAAAGUCCCGAAUAUCGCACUUUUCGAGCAUCCCUCUUUCUUGGCAUGGGCUUGUGUGGGAUUGCCCCUAUACUACACAAGCUUAUCCUGUUCUGGGGCUCACCUGAAGCACUCCACACAACAGGGUAUGAGAUACUGAUGGGGAUACUUUAUGGUCUUGGAGCCCUUGUUUAUGCAGCAAGAAUUCCGGAGCGAUGGAUGCCUGGAAAAUUUGACAUUGCUGGCCACAGCCACCAACUAUUCCACAUUUUAGUAGUUGCUGGGGCGUAUACUCAUUAUCGCGCAGGACUGCUUUAUCUCAAGUGGCGUGACCUCCAAGGUUGUUAGAUUAGAAUUUCUACAAGAAUUUAGUUUGAUGGAAUGUAGUUGAAUAUAUUCUAUAUGUAUGUAAUAUUUAGCCGGACUUGGAAAGAAAGCUCACUCCCAGUCCCAACACUUCACCGGCCAGGCCGUAAGAUCAGAACCUGCUUCAUCGUUUAAUACAAUAUGGUUCAAUGAUCA